UAGAUAUAUCCGGAGUCUCCUCGCACUUUCUCUCUCUAUUAUUCUCCCAUAUCUCUCUCUAUAUCUAAUGGCGACGUCUCGAAUUCUCUCUCAAACCCUCCACCGUUCCACCCUCACCCCUCGGGCACUAAUCAGCCACCACCGCUAUCGAUCCUACAAGACCCACCAGGCAAAGCUAAUCGAAGUGGAAGUCGACUCAUCAUCCACUUCUUCCCAUCCCGACUCGCCGCAGGAGGUGCUCACAGUCGGGAUUAAAAAACUCGAGGAGGCAAUCCACAGUAUCAUCGUGCGUCGGGCUGCACCUGAUUGGCUCCCGUUUGUACCUGGGUAUUCGUACUGGGUCCCGCCUCGGAGUAGUACUAUGCGACAUCCACGUGGUAUGAUUGAGGUCAUAGGGAAACUGGCAUCUUCUGGGGUGGGAGCGGGGAAGAUUCGACCGCAAUUUGAUCUUUUGACGGAGGAUGAAACGAUGUCGUUUACCUCUGCGCGUGGAUGGCCCUCUUCUACAUUUUUUGUUGAAGGUACUUUACCCGUACAUCCAAUUCCAUUGAUGGAAGUGGAGGUGAAAAAUCAGAAGAAAGUGGAUAAUGCACAUAACACAUCUAACUCUGAGGAGGAUGAAGGAUGACGAGUAUGCUGUAUGAAAAUCCGGUUGCUCGGGGCUUGCUCACCCUAGUAGAUAUCUAGGGUAUGCUGAAGGUAAAAGAAGAGAGAGCAAGCAGAUGAAAUGCUUGUACAGAUGCUCCAGACGCGGUUCAUUUCACGCGGUUUUAGAAAACCAGUUAGCUCGACUUCAUUCCACCUGACUGGAGAAAUAUGUAAUCUUAUUUGAAUGUUGUUUUGAGUUGACUGGUGCCAUUUCUUUUUUUAUGGUUUGAAAUAAUUAAUAGGCAAAUGCUUAUUUUCUUGGACAUGAUGGUGAUUCUACUAUUAUUUCUCUUCAAAACUGAGGACGACUAUUGCUCGAA